CACAAGUUACAACAAAUCGUACGCGGUACGACACACGAGUUACGCGGAUGGCACUAACCACCAUGUGCGAUAUAGAUAAUAUAUUGUAAUAUAUUAUUAUUAUUAUUAUAUAUACACGUAUAUAAUAUAUAUGUACAUACCGCCUGUUCAAACUCGACCGUCGAGGGCAAUCGUAUAGUUUACUUUUGUGUUUUUUUUUUUCUAAUCGAGUUAGCUUCUCGCUACCCCAAAAAGUGUUUGCUCACACGUCUUGUCCGUUGCCGUGAAAAAACAAAAAUCUUCCAAAAAUAAUGAAGUACAUACUCGUCACCGGCGGCGUAAUGAGCGGAGUGGGCAAAGGAAUUAUCGCUUCGUCCAUCGGCACUCUGUUGAAGUCUUGCGGUAUACAUGUGACUUCAAUUAAAAUCGACCCGUAUUUGAACAUCGACGCAGGCACUUUUUCACCGUACGAACACGGCGAAGUGUAUGUACUAGACGAUGGUGGUGAAGUCGAUUUGGAUUUGGGCAAUUAUGAACGAUUUUUAGAUGUCACGUUACAUAGCGUCAAUAAUAUAACGACCGGCAAGAUAUACCAGGAAGUGAUAAAUCGAGAACGACGGGGCGAUUACUUGGGCAAAACCGUUCAAGUCAUACCACAUAUUACCGAUGCAAUUCAAGAUUGGGUCGAACGAGUUGCCAAAAAACCUGUCAGUAUAGAUGGAGUACAACCUGAUGUUUGCAUUGUUGAACUCGGUGGCACGAUUGGAGACAUUGAAAGUAUGCCGUUCGUUGAAGCAUUUCGACAGUUUCAAUUCAAAGUCAAGAAGGAAAACUUUAUAUGUGCGCAUGUUUCUUUUAUACUUCAGCCAGGUGCUACUGGUGAUGAUAAAACCAAACCGACCCAAGCUAGCGUACGAGAACUUAGAGGGUUGGGCUUAAUACCUGACCUUAUAAUUUGUAGGAGUACAAAACCGUGUUUUAAUGUAGAACACGUCAAGAAAAAAAUAUCAACUUUCUGUGAUGUAGCAUUGAGACAAGUAUUGUUUAUGCACGAUUUAGAUUCAAUUUAUAAAGUGCCUCUUUUUAUGGAAAAACAAGGUGCCUUGAACUUUUUGCUGGAUCGAUUAAAUCUUCCCAUGAACGAGACGCACAAUCGGGCUUUUAUGAAACAAUGGAAAAAAUUAUCUGACAAGUUGGAUAACUCACAAAAAGUUAUCAAAAUUGCUUUGGUCGGCAAGUAUACCCAAUUGAGCGAUGCUUAUGCUUCGGUAUCUAGAGCACUAAUCCAUGCCGGAGCAUACAUCAAACAUAGAGUGGAAGUGACAUAUGUUGAAGCAGCUAAUCUCGAAAAUGAAACUAAAUUGACCGACGCGGUUGGUUAUCACGAAGCCUGGCAACAACUAUGUCGUAGUGACGGAGUGAUUGUUCCUGGAGGAUUUGGUACUAGAGGCGUGGAAGGCAAGAUUGAAGCUUGUCGAUGGUGUCGAGAAACCCAAAAACCAUUCUUGGGAAUCUGUCUUGGAAUGCAAGCUGCUGUAAUUGAGUUCUCUAGGAACGUUUUACACAUAGAAAACGCCGAAACAACUGAAAUUGAUAUAAACGCCAAAGAACCAUUAAUUGUCGAAAUGCCCGAGCAUUGUCCAGAAAAUAAAGGCGGAACUAUGAGACUUGGAAAAAGAACGACCAUUUUCAAAAAAGACAGCAAUACAUCAAAUAUUUUUAAACUUUAUGGGUGCCGCAAAAAUAUUGAAGAACGCCAUCGACACCGUUAUGAAGUCAAUUUAGAUUAUGUCGAGCGAUUAGAAAAAUCUGGACUUAAAUUUGUUGGUACUGAUACAGAAGGAAGACGUAUGGAAAUUUGCGAACUCAAUGAUCAUCCAUAUUAUGUAGCCACACAAUUCCAUCCGGAAUAUUUAACAAGACCUUUGAAACCGUCCCCGCCUUUUGUGGGAUUGUUGUUGGCGUCGAUUGGUAAACUCAGAUCGUAUUUGGAUAAUGAAUGUCAUUUAACUCCCGAUGAGAGUUGCUCCGAUAAUGACUCUGAUGAUUUAUCGGUUAAACUUCAAGAUCUCAUUGUAACGUCAACAAACAGUAAGAUUGUGGUAAAUGGUGAAGUGUGAUUUUUUAGUCUAUCAUAAUGAUAAUUUACUAUUGAUUCUAUUGUAUUCCUGAUUUUAGUAACUUUUUUUUAUUAUGGCUAUUAACUACUCAUUAUUGUAACUUAACAAACUAGUAGUUACAUUUUUCAAUGAUUUGUAAUAAAAAAGAAUAAUUUAAACAAAUGAGUGUUGUGUCUUACAUUGAGUGAAAGAAAGAAUUCUUAUUAAAUGCCAAAGAGUUUAUAAAGUUAUUUGAUGGCAAAUAUUU